AUGCGCUAUUUCUGCCACCCCGAGGGGCGUUUCGUCUGGUGCUGCGCCUGCUACCUGGCGCUUCCCCCGCGGGGAACCGUCGACGGCGUGGAGGUCGUGAAGAGCGAGCUGAUCGAGCGGGAGGCUUCGCCUGCCGCCAAGGAGCCGUGGGUCGCGUGUUGCCGCUGCCGGCGGUGGUUUCACCGCGAUUGUCUGCUCUUCAACGAGAAACUGGCGCGCUUUUACCGCGGGACGCGCAUCCUCUGCCCGCUCUGCGUCGCUGAAACGCCUCGAAGCGAGGUCCCGCGGGAAUGUCGGCUCCCCCGAGCGACGGAUUUCCCGCAAACUCCGCUCGGGCGUUUCAUGGAGAAACGAAUCGUGGAACGCGUGGAGCGGCAGAGGCGUUUCAUCGCGGCGCAGAAACUGACCUCGGUGGAUGAAACGCCCUUCGCGGGGGAUCUGCACGUGCGCGUCAUGUACGCGGAAAAGACGACGAUUCCCACGGGGAAACGGUUCCAGUGGUACUUCCAGAACUUCGAGAUUCCCGCGGAAAUCUCGGCGUGGCAGAAAUGCCUAUGUCUGUUCCAAACGGUGGAUUCGGUGGACCUUCUGCUGUUUGUUAUGUAUGUUACCGAGUGUCCCGAUGAAACGCCCUGUAACGCCCACACGAUUUAUGUUUCGUACCUGGACAGUGUUCCGUAUCUCUUCCCGCCCAAUUUCCGUCGCCUUGUCUAUCAAGAAUUCGUUCUCAGUUAUCUCGAAUAUUCGCGGGAAAUCGGAUUCCAGCGGGCGUUUCUCUGGGCGUGUCCGCCAACCGUGGGAGACGAGUACAUCCUACUCUCCCACCCGCCCGAGCAGAAAAUGCCGCGGGAAUUGCCGCUUCUUCGCUGGUACCGCGAAAUCGCCCAGGAGGGGAAUUCCCGCGGGGUAAUCUACGAAUUGACCAAUCUGGUCGACGAGUGUCUCAUGGGCCGCUACGAGAAAUCGUGCCGAUUUUUGGAAUUUUUUAAAAUCGAAGGUUUUCGGAUACGGAAAUCCUGCGCGCCCCGUGGUUCUGCGGCGAUCAUUGGGCCUCCACGAUGGAAUCCAAGUGUAACGAUCUCUUCAUGGCGGGCGAAACGCCCCUGGAGGAGGAAACGCCCUCCGAUUCGUCGAAUACAAGCCGGAAAACCGCGGAACGGCGCCGUUCCCGCGGGAUUGUGA